AUGCUGAAUACAGUGGAUUUCAGCACUCUGGACUUCCUCUGUGGAGCGCUGGACAACGUUGCUAGUACUCCUCUUGCACCAGAACAAGACCAAAACCAGGGCACGUGUGUGAAAAUUGAAACAGAAUCCACAUUCACUACCGGCUGUGGACUUUUACAGCCGAAAGUCGAACCUUUAGAUUCGGGGUUUUUCUCUGACCCGAAUGACUGCGCAAAUGACGACCUGCCGCCUUCUCCGCUGGCCUACACCGGCAGCUUCUACACUGAAUGCGGCGAGAUCCCCCCGUGCAGCGCAGACGCACUGCUCAACAUGAUUACCGAAAUCGUUGGUAUCUCCUCAGCUCCCAUGUCUGACGAUCUGUCCCAGUCUCUGUGCUCUGGAACAUCCCGCGGAGGCUCACUCUUCCGCCAGGAGUCUAUAGGUUCCACAGCCAGCUCUACGCCUUCUCUUGGUUCUCCAGAACCUCUCUGCCCGGACUUCAAAGAUGAUCUCUCCGACAGUGGGAUCCUACAGAAGCAGUUCCCUGUGACUGUCAAGACGGAAUUUGAUAGUAGCUCCCAUGGAUGCAGUCUGUUUGAUGAGCUAAACACAUCAGCUGAUCGCCUCACGAACCCGACCGACGACUUGAAUGACAUUAUUGACCUGCUUUCCCCUCUUUGUCCCGAGACAGACUCCCCGUGCGCACUGGACACUUGGAUCAAACAGGAACCCAUGGCUUUCCCUCACACUGACGCUCAGAAGUUCACUGGCUCGUGCGAUGUGGGCUACACGAACACUACGCUCUCUGAGGCCCUGGACUCACUACUUUAUGCGUCAACGCUCAUGCCUAGGAACAGAGCUCAAGUGAACAAAGUAGCGGGUCGCAACAGGAGAGGCGCCGUGCGAGAAAAACCUUUCACAUGCCCAGUGGAAAGCUGUGAGCGGCGCUUUUCCAGAUCAGACGAGCUCAACCGCCACGUGCGCAUUCACACAGGCCACAAACCCUUCCAGUGCCGCGUGUGUAUGCGUUGUUUCAGCCGCAGUGACCAUUUGACAACCCAUAUGAGAACGCAUACCGGCGAGAAACCCUUCUCCUGCGAUGUCUGUGGUCGCCGCUUUGCGAGAAGUGAUGAGAGGAAAAGGCAUGGGCGUGUGCACCUGAAGCAGCGAGAGAAGAUGCAGCAGAAGACAGAACUCCUCGCCUCGUGCGCCUUCUCUUUACCGCCAUUUAUGUGA